CUCACCUGGACGUCUUCAGUCCUCAGCAGGCAGAAUCACUCUGCUUUCAUCUCAGUGUGUGAUAUUAAUGUGAAUCGUUCUGUUUCCACCAGCUAAUGCAGCGAUUCUCACCCAGGUGGUGUGUGGAAAUACUGCCGUGGCUCAGCUAAUCUCAACAAAAGAUAGAAAUUCGAAUUAGAUUUAAUGAAAAUACAUCCACAUGUUUAGGAAAUCAGCACUCAAACAGCAUUUAAAACACUUCGUUCCAAAGGAAUCUCUACGAUCAGUGGAUUCGCUCUGGGAUCAAUAAAUCUGCGUCAGGAGCAACUUUGUUGAACUUCGACACCCGAAAUUGUUCCACUGAGGCACAAAACGACCAAACAGAGAUGCAAAAGACUGAAAGGAGGGUGAAACGACCAAAUGCGUCCAUGAUGAGAGCAGCUUUAAAUUAUUAUCAUGUGAUCACAGUAAUAAAACAAAUCAUCAGAUGUGAUCAGUAAAAAAGAAGAACACUCCGCAUGUUCGUCUCUCUGCUCCUGUGAGGUUAAUCUAACCUUCAGCUGCGAGUCACAGUCUGACCUUUGACCUCCGCACGCCGACACCUGUCUGCAGGCUGUUUAAUAUUAACCACGCAGACGCAUCAUCAAUCACAGGAAAACGCGUCCACGCAGCUCUAUCUGACGUGCUGAGUGCAUGAAUAAUACGCGAGCGAGCGGCUGGCAGCAGGAGGAGGAGACCGGUAUAAAUACAGGAGGGGGGACAGACCGCAGAGCACAAGAGAGGAGGAGGAAGAAGCAGAAGAGGAAGAGUAGGAGCUCACAACACUUCAGAAAAGACUUCAACUACGGAAGAAAAAGACGAGAAGAAACAGACUUUGGAAUUUGACACCAGAGAAGAAGAAAGGAAACUGAAUAUUUGUAUAAUAAUCCCGUCGGCUCUUAAAUCAUUUCUGUGGCAUUUAAUCGUGUUUAAAAAUAUUUCUGGCGAUGGAGAGCGUGCGUGCCGUGGUCUACCUGUCCGUCUGCCUGUCCGUGCUGACAUCGCUCUGCCAGGGUCAGAGGUCGGCCGACGGCCAGCUGCCGUCCGCACCGGAGGAGCCGUUCAUCGGACUCACGACCAAAGAGCUGGCUGCAGCUCUGCAGGGCGUCCUGGAUGAGGCCGACAGCAGCGUCUCUGUGCAGAAGAAAGCCAGCGUGAUCCCGCGGUGUGAUGUGGGCGAGCGCUGUGCGAUGAAACAUGGACUCGGAUCGGUCGGCUGUGCGACUGUCUCAGAGGAACAGCCUGCAACACCUUCUUCCUGCGCUGCUACUGAACACACACACACACACACACACACACACACACACACACACACCUUGGACUUCUAUACUUGUGAGGACAUGAACCUAAACCCUAAAAACAGUUUGAACCUUCAAACUGCUCUUUGAGAAAGCGAGGACCAGACUAAAUGUCCUCACAAAGAUAGAAGUACAGGAGGACACACACACCUCACCUGGCUGUCUCUCUGCAUGUUUCUGUCUUUGUUUUAAAGUUUCCGUGUCUG